AUUUUUUUUGGGAGAAUAUUAGAAAAAUUUUGUUCUUUGGACGCUACAUAUACUGUGUAAAGGUUAGAACACUUGAUAGAACCCAAUUAAGGAGAUAAACACAUUCAAGUACAAAGUAAGUCAAGCCAAUUCGACAACAUGGGUGAUGAAGGAGGCGGCAUGAGACCUGGCGGCGAUUUGAAGUCAUUUUUAAUUGACUUUAUGAUGGGCGGCGUGUCGGCUGCCAUUGCCAAAACAGCGGUGGCACCCAUUGAGCGCGUCAAGCUGAUUCUUCAGGUGCAGGAGGUAUCGAAGCAGAUACCAACGGAUCAGCGCUAUAAGGGCAUCAUCGACUGCUUCGUUCGCAUACCGAGGGAGCAGGGCUUCUCCUCGCUGUGGCGCGGCAAUUUGGCCAAUGUUAUUCGAUACUUUCCCACACAGGCACUAAACUUUGCCUUCAAGGAUGUUUACAAAUCGAUAUUUUUGGGUGGCGUCGACAAAAAGAAGCAGUUCUGGCGUCAUUUUAUGGGCAACUUGGCAUCCGGCGGCGCUGCCGGUGCAACCUCUUUAUGCUUUGUCUAUCCACUCGACUUUGCGCGUACGCGUUUGGCGGCGGAUGUGGGCAAAGGCGGCCAGCGAGAGUUCAGCGGACUGAUCGACUGCCUCCGGAAGGUUGUCAAAUCGGAUGGACUGAUUGGCCUAUAUCGUGGCUUUAUUGUGUCGGUGCAGGGAAUUAUCAUCUAUCGAGCUGCUUACUUUGGAUUUUAUGAUACGUGUCGCGACCAUUUGCCAAAUCCAAAGAAUACACCGUUCUAUGUCAGUUGGGGCAUUGCCCAGGUGGUGACCACAAUUGCCGGCAUUGCGUCCUAUCCGUUCGACACGGUGCGGCGUCGCAUGAUGAUGCAGUCGGGCCUGAGGAAAUCGGAAAUGGUGUACAAGAAUACCGCCCACUGUUGGAUGGUAAUUGCGAAGCAGGAAGGCAUUCCCGCCUUCUUUAAGGGAGCCUUCUCAAACAUUAUUCGCGGCACGGGCGGCGCUCUUGUCCUGGCGAUCUAUGAUGAGCUUAAGAAAUAUGUAUAAAUAAGAAUUCAUUGCAGACAGACGGAGAGAAUCUCUGCUUGGUGCGCUGAAGUACACCAAUCAAAUUUAAAUAGACAGACUUAUCAGUGUCUGUUAUUGAUUUUGAUUUGUUUUUGACCAAUCGUAUUGAUGGGAACAUUUAGCUUAAUAAAUGAAUUUGCAUUUUUCUUA